UGCGGUAGGCGCGGAUCCGCGGUCGCCUACAGAAACGUCCUUUUCCCCUGUCGUCCCCAGGUGACGGUGCUGUACUUUGCCAGGAGCGCGGAGCUGGUGGGGCUGCGCUCCGAGAGCGUGUCUGUGCCGCAGCGGAUCACGUCCCUGCAGCUCUGGGAAGAGAUCGUUAAGAUUCAUCCCAGGCUUGCUGUCAUCCGGGAUCAAGUGGUUUUCGCUGUUCGGCAGGAGUACGUGCUUCUUGGAGAUCAGCUUCUGGUCCUGCAGACAGGAGACGAAGUUGCCAUCAUCCCACCAAUUAGUGGAGGCUGAAUCUGUGCAAGUUCUGUUAG